CUUCUUUAUAUGUAUCUCCCUUUCUCCCCCCACUAAAUUUAUCCUCUCUUCGACGUCUCUCCCUCUCUCCGCGUUUCUCGCCAACAAAACCCAACAAACAAAAACUCUCUCAUAUCUUAUAUUAGCAGAGUUGUUCAACCUAAAUCGAAGACGAAUCUCGGAAUCUCCGGCGACAAAUUUCAAACAAGGAAGAAGAGAAUCAGAGGAAGACAACCAAAAAAAAAAGAUGUGUUGCGGACGGAUUUGCAUGUUGUGCACGUGUUUGCUUCUGGUGGUGAUCGCGAUUGGGUUUCUAUUCGGAUUCGGAGUUUUUAAGGAUGGAUUCCACAAGGUCCAAAAUUCCGUCCAUCUCCAAUGCGAUCCGAGAUUCGGCUGCGGCGGCGGAGCCCUUGGGCGUCGCGGUUACGGUUUUCCAGCUCCCGCCGGUAAUAACUAGCUAACUGUGUUCUUAAUGCUUUCGAAUCGGCGGCGUUUUCCUGUGAACGUGUUGGAUUCGAAUUUGGAUAUAUCGAUUCUUAGGUUUUGAUUUUCGUUGUUGUUUUACGUUUCCGCAAACACCUCACAUUGAUUCCUUGUUCAUUCUAAUUAUGUUUCGUUAAUCAGAUUUAGUUUUUGACCUUAAUGAUUGAUUUGAUUUGUUUUUCUUUUCUUUUCAAUAUUGUAUUUAUUUUAGAUAAGCACAAAUAAGU